GCUAAUGGAGAAACUAUUCAAGAUAUUUGUGUACAAAGAAGGAGAACCGCCUCUAUUUCACUAUGGUCCUUGCAAGAACAUAUACUCAAUGGAAGGCAUGUUCAUUAACCUAAUGGAAGCAAACAACCAUUUUCAAACUCUUAAUCCUGACAAAGCUCAUGUCUAUUUCCUUCCCUUUAGUGUUGUUAUGAUCCUCGAACACCUUUUCGAUCCAAUCAUUCGCGAUAAGGCCGUCUUGGAACGCAUUCUUCGUGAUUAUGUUCGUACUGUAUCGACAAAAUACCCAUACUGGAAUAGAAGCCUUGGAGCUGAUCAUUUUAUGCUUUCAAGCCAUGAUUGGGGGCCUCGAGCUACAUGGUACGUGCAUCAAAUGUAUUUCACUUCUAUACGAGUAUUAUGCAAUGCAAAUACAUCUGAGUUCUUUAAUCCAAGAAAAGAUGUACCACUUCCAGAGAUUAAUCUCCUCACAGGAAACAUUAAUGGACUUGUUGAAGCAUUGCCAAAGUCAAACAAGACAAUCCUAGGGUUCUUUGCAGGACGAUCACACGGUCGAAUUCGGCCUAUACUUUUCCGACACUGGGAAGAAAAAGAUGAAGAUAUAAGAGUUUAUAGCAAAAUUCCACCAGAAUUAUCUUAUGAUGAAAUGAUGAAAAGUAGCAAAUUUUGCCUAUGUCCAAGUGGUUAUGAAGUUGCAAGUCCAAGAAUUGUGGAGGCUAUAUAUGCAAACUGUGUACCAGUUUUGAUCUCACAAAAUUAUGUGCUGCCCUUUAGUGAUGUUCUUGAUUGGGAUAAGUUCUCAAUACAAGUUUCAGUAAGUGAAUUACCAAACUUGAAAAAUAUUUUACUAGGAAUUUCUGAGGAAAGAUAUGAAAAAAUGGUAGAGGGAGUGAGACAAGUGCAAAGGCAUUUUGUCAUAAAUGAUCCACCAAAGAGAUAUGAUGUGUUUCACAUGAUUAUUCACUCUAUAUGGUUGAGGAGAUUGAAUGUCAGAAUACAUGGUUGAAUUAAAUUUCUUGAUUUCAAAUCAUACUACAUAUGGAUUAAAAUACUAAAGAACGGCCCGAUGCACUAAGCUCCCGCUAUGCGCGGGGUUCGGGGAAGGGCCGGACCACGGGGUCUAUUGUACAGCCUUACCCUGCAUUUCUACAAAAGUUUGUUUCCACCGCUCGAACCUGUGACCAGGAUGGCAACAACCUUUCCUGUUACGCCAAUUACGUUGAGGCUC